CGUACCUCCGCUGCAGCUCCACGGCUCGCUGUCAGGUGCGGAUCAGACCGACUCUAGUAUCAUAUUCAGCGACCACCCGUCCAUACACUGUCUGUAUUUCAGAAACGCCAGAGGAUUUACUUCACCACUCUGUCUUUAUGAAUUGCGACUGAUAAAGCCUCUAAGGUUGGUGUGGAGUUUUGUAACAAAAGAAUUCCUGUGUGCACUGGAAUAUAUCAGCCGAAAAUGAGGAACUGUUGAGCAACGUACUGUGUGUGGAUGCCGCCGACCCUCGCUGGAUGAUUCCAUCUCUGUGAUGAAAGGCUUAUCCAGCAGCCGCAACCACCACCACGUGGUGACCUGUGACCCUUCUUUAGACUCCAUGGGUCACCACUUGGACCAUAAGCCCUACCUCAUCAGCCAGAUCGACAGCCCCCAUCCGGUCGACCACUCUUACUACUCCCAGAGAAUCCCUUACCAGCCUGACUGCGUGGUGCCUUACGGGACCUUCCCCCGCCGACACUACAGCUCUCAGCACGAGCUGAAGGACGAGACCGCUGUGGUUCCCUACACCGGGGGAGGGGUUCCAGCCAACAAGGGCCAACAGCGUAUCCCCAUCACUCUGUCGGAUCAGUUCGACCGGCAACUCCCAGUGCCUCGUGAUGGCUAUCACACGCUACAGUACAAGCGUGCCGCCGCAGCCUUGGAGCAACGGAGCGACAGCCCUGGCCGAAUCCGGCACCUGGUGCACUCAGUUCAGAAGCUCUUCACCAAGUCCCACUCACUAGAGGGCCCACACCAUGGUCACGGCCACGGCAAGGGAAGCAUCAACGGAGGCAAGGCCAGCCCCGACGGAGAACCCCCUGCUAUUCGGCACCGCAAGCGCAGCAAGAGCCGGGAGCGCUGCAAGUCGGCUGAACCCAAGAACAGGACGCCACCUUCUGGCUACUGGAGCUCAGAUGAAUUGGAACGCGAGGCCUGCCUGUUUCACCAUGGACCACCGGGCGUCAUGACCAUGGGCCGUCACCCGGAUAAGUCGCAGUCACAAUACUUCUUGGAAGCCUACAACACCAUCAAUGACCAGGCACUUAAAAACUCCCGCAGCAGCAAUGAUUUGGGCAAGUGCUUGACGUGCACGAGUAUCCCACUGAGCAUGGACGCUUCACAUCUCGUGAAGAAGAGCUCGUGGUCGUCCUCUCUCACGGUGAGCAGAGCACGUCAAGUCUACCAGAAGGCCUCGGUAAAUGUAGAUAAGGCCCUGGUGAAAGCAGAGGCUUGUCAGCAGGAGCGCUCAUGCCAAUUCUUGCAGGUCCCUCAAGAUGAGUGGGGAGGCUUUCCACUUGGGAAAGAUGAGGAUAUCCCGUGUAGACGCAUGCGCAGCGGGAGUUACGUGAAAGCCAUGGCAGAGGAUGACAGCGGAGACUCGGACAGCAGCCCUAAACCCUCGCCCAAGAUGCAGGCACGACGGGCCAGCUACCUCAAAGCCACCCAGCCAUCACUGACAGAGAUGACCACUCUGAAUAUCUCCACAGAACACUCUCCAAAGCUGCAGAUCCGGAGUCACAGCUACUUGCGGGCGGUGAGUGAGGUUGAGGUUAACGGGCAGCUCGAGGCAGUGUGUGAGAGUGUGUUCAGUGAAAUGGAGUCACAGGCAGUGGACGCCCUGGACCUUCCCAUGCCCGGGUGCUUCCGCAUGAGGAGUCACAGUUACGUGCGUGCCAUCGACCAGGGCUGCUCGCAGGACGACGACGGGCCUUUGCUCCCGGCUUCCCCCCCGAGGACCACCACUACUGUCAGAACCAUCCAGAGCAGCACAGUAUCAUCAUGUAUCACCACCUACAAGAAGACUCCUCCGCCGGUACCUCCUCGCACCUCCACCAAGCCCUUCAUCUCCAUCACGGCCCAGAGCAGCACUGAGUCUGCGCAGGACGCUUACAUGGACGGUCCCGGGACACGGUGCGAACCCGUCCUCCACUCUGGCCUGAGCAAUUCCACUGAGAGCAUUGACAGCAUGAAAGCGCUGACGGCAGCCAUCGAGGCAGCCAAUGCUCAGAUCCACGGCCCUGCCAGUCAGCACGUCAGCAACAGCACCAUCACCAUCGGCACUACACCCCCCUCUCCGCUGCCCAUGCCCAUGCCUGUGCCCAUCCCCAUCCCCAUACCAGCCCUGGAAGACGCCCGCAGGGAUGUGCUCAGGAAGAGCAGGUGCCUUUCUAUUGGCAUCCAGGUGGAUGGGCCUGAGGACCAGGAACUGGAGGACCAGUCCAAAUUUCAGUCAGUGGGGAUUCAAGUUGAGGAAGAGCAUGGUCACCGGCGGUUCAAGCGCUCCAACAGCGUGACGACAGCGGUACAGGCUGAUCUGGACACUCUGGACUACACACCAGCUGACUCUCCUGUCACAGAUUUCCCCUCCUCGGGCUGCUUGUCACGGCAGUACUCGCGUGAUGCCGCCACCUCCACCGUCAGCAUCCAGGGCUCAGGGAAUCACUACCACGCCUGCACCUCAGAUGAGUAUGAGGACGUUGGCUUUGAUCCCUCCAUCCUGCCUCCACCUGACCCAUGGAUUGAUAGCGUAACAGAAGAUCCCUUGGAAGUCGUAGGCCGCUCUGUGUGUCAGCGUGACGGCCACUGGUUCCUAAAGCUGCUGCAGGCAGAGACAGAACGUAUGGAGGGCUGGUGCAGGCAGAUGGAGCACGACGAGAAGGAGAACAAACUACCUGAUGAAAUCCUGGGGAAGAUCUGCAGUGCAGUGGGAAGUGCACAGCUGCUUAUGUCCCAGAAGUUUAAGCAGUUCAGGGAACUGUGUGAGGAAAAUCUGAACCCAAAUGCUCACAAACGGCCAGUGGCUCAAGAUCUCGCAGGGUUCUGGGACAUGCUUCAACUAUCCAUUGAGAAUAUCAGCUUAAAGUUCGAUGAGCUUCACCAGCUCAAAGCCAACAACUGGAGACCCCUCGACCCCCCCGAAAGAAAGGAGAGAAGGCUGCCUCCCCCAGUGCCAAAGAAACCCCCUAAAGGCCACCCUCCCCUGGCCAGAGAUCGCUCGCUGGAAAGCACCGAGAAGCAGCGUCAAGAGGCGCGCAAACGUUUGAUGGCGGCCAAACGAGCUGCUUCAGUACGGCAGAACUCGGCCACAGAGAGCGCAGACAGCAUCGAGAUCUAUAUACCUGAGGCCCAGACCAGACUAUGAAACUGCCAAACACACGAAAACGCACUCACACACGAACGCCCAAGUGCAGAAUUCCGCCAUGAGCACAACACGUCACACAGAUCUAUAUCUGCCUAAUGCUAAGAUCACUGUAAAUUAGGAGCGCCAUACACCAGCACCAUGAUAGCACAGAAGUGGUCAUUUGACCUUUCAUUAUUUAAUAAAUGACAACCAACAUAGAUGUACAUCAUAUUUAUAUGACCCCAAGAUGUUAGUCAGGAAAAAUUACUUGUUUAAUUUUACACAAAUGAAAAAGAGGCUGUAGGUUGUACUGUCUUAUGGUCAAUCUAAUUUUCACAGCCCAUGUUUUCCUGUUUUUGUUUUGUUUUUUCUCCUUGUUUUCUCCUGGAAGCUUUUUGGAAAGACUUUUUCAGGGUCCAUUAAAUGUCCUGAACGUCCAGUGGGGGAAAUGGUCAAGGGACUUUAGUUUUGUUCUUUUUUUAGUAUUAAUGCUCUUAAAAACAAUAAAAUUCUUAAAACAAGA